AUGGCUCACGAUCACCCAUUCAGCUCUGCGGAUCCAGCUGUGGUUCUUGAUCUCAUCCACUCCGCCGGCGGCCGCGCUUUCCAUCCGCCUGGGGACAAAAACUUCACCUCGAUCCCUGCAUCUUUGCUUCUCCACGAAAACACUGUGCCCAUAUUGACAAUCCGCGAUCCACGUCUGGCAGUCACCUCGGCCUAUCGCGUUCUUAUAGACAUGGGUUUGCCACAUGGAAGUGGACGUCCGAACUUCAUCAUCAGCACUUCAUUGCAAUGGCAGCGACUGCUAUACGACUUCUUUACCUCGCAUGGCAUCACGCCACUGGUCGUUGACGCUGAUGAUCUAAUGACAAGCCCACGAUACGCACGCGCAUUGUGUGAGAAACUAGAUAUGGAUCCGAAACAAGCAUACCUCUCAUGGCCAGCAGCCACCGAGGAGGAGAAAAGUGCAUUGCAUCCGAUGUUCCUUGCGAGCCAGAGAAACCUCCUAGAGUCAGAAGGUCCCAAUUCCGGUAGAGCUGCGAAGAACAUCGAUUUUGAGAAGGUAGAGCAGGAAUGGGAGGAUGAGUUUGGCGAAGACCUGGCAAUGGUGAAGGAGAUGAUUGCUCUUGCUAUGCCGCACUAUGAGUGGUUCCAAGCGAAGCGCUUCAGGGCUGAACAGAACGACUCAGGUCAGUAA